AUGACAGAACCAAAGUCCCCCCUCGGCCUGCAAGGCAAAGUCGCCAUUGUCACCGGAUCCGGCAAGACAAGAGGCAUCGGCGCUGCCAUUGCCAGUCUUCUGGCCCAGCACGGUGUCUCCGUGGUCAUCAGCUACGUCUCGCCGUCGACGGCCGUCUCCGCCGCCGGCGUGGCGGAACGCAUCACCACGGCAGGCGGGAAAGCCCUGGUCGUGCAAGCGGACAUCUCCCGUCCGGACGAGGCACGCAGCCUCGUGGACCAGACCGUUGCGGCGUUUGGCAAGGUCGACAUCCUCGUCAACAAUGCCGGCACCGGCUCCCCCGGCCCCGUGCUCAGCGCCAGCCCGGAAUCCAUGGCCACCACGUUCGCCGUCAACGUCUUCGGACCCGUGUACCUGAUGCAGGCGGCCGUGCCGCACAUGCCGCCGCACAGUCGCGUCGUCAAUAUCGGGUCGGUGGCGUCCAAGCUGGGGAUCUCAGGGUCGCCCCUCUACGGCGCCUCCAAGGCGGCGAUGGACGCAUUGACCUUCGCCAUGGCGAUGGAGCUGGGUCGCAACCACGGCGGCAUCACCAUCAACACCGUUUCCCCCGGUCCGGUAGACACGGAUGGCCUGCCCCCGCAGGUGGCGGAGAAGGUGCACCGGGCGAUGAUCCCCAUGACCCGCGUCGAGGAGCGCACGGGCACGGUGGAGGAUGUCGCGGACGUAGUGCUGCUGCUGUGCGCGGAGCAGAGUCGGUGGAUCUCCGGACAGGUGAUCUCGGUCUGCGAAGAGCUGGAAAUCGCGUUGUCUUUGAGCGCCAAGUGCUUCCACCCACAGAAUGUUCUGGACUAG